AUGAAGCUCCUCUUGUCGCCUGCUACCGAUGGUGAAACUCGCGCUGGCCAAGAUACUCCAGCGCAAGCGCAGCACUGCCCUCCCCAAUAUAACGUGCCUCCAGUCGCUUCUGGUAAGCUGCAACCGCCCUCUGCAGCUCCGGAGGCCUCCAAGUCGCAGUCGAAAUGUGGCCGACCUUCGAAGAGCGACCAGGAGGUUUGGACGACGUCCUCCACGGAGACUCUGUUUACUGUGAGGUAUGUGAAUGCAAGAGACGAAUUCGCACGUGCACGCAACCACGCUCAGGUUGAUGCUGCGUGGAUCCUCGUCGCAACACUGGUCAACAAGACUGAGGACACCGCAUACACCGUCACACAAUGCAAGGACAAGGUAAUGCUGUCGAAAGAAUGGGCUCUGUAUCGGGAUGACCGCAACACCACGGGCAAUGUGUCAAAAGCUGCCGCACCACCCUGUCUCGAACUGAUGCUCGAGCACUGGGCUCCGAACCCAGGCAUGCAAAACACUUCGCUCCUUGAUGCAACCACCGAUCUCGACGAUGCCUACACAGACAGCACUUCAACUAGUGACGACAACAGUGGUUCCAAGCGCAACAAGCGCAAGAAAACCAAUGGUGAAUGCGUGGAAGAAGGACUUCGUGCUUUAGCGGAAGGUGUAAAAGUUCUAGGUGCAGCAAUGCAAACCAAAGCUGAUUCCAGAAGCGACACUGCGUUGUCGCAAGGUGUGAUUGCAUCUCUCGGACGUCAAGAAGAAGCACUCAAGCAACAAACGGCGGCUAUCAACGAGCUUAUUCGAACGCUUCGAGGUGACAAGUAG